AUAACGUGUAUGAUGCAAUUUGUUUCGAGAAAACAGGAUAUAGAUUAGAAUAAAACUGGAGAAAUUUACACGUAUUCAUCAUCAUACAUAAAGAAAUAAAGUAAAAAAUGAAUUUGUAUUUUGUUUUCACAUUAUGCGUGUUAUUUUGUAUGGAAAACACGAUAUCAGCUUUAACCUGUCUGGCUUGCGACCAAAAUACGUGCGAAAAGAAAACAGAAGAAGAUUGUCCUGCAGGUUUGACUCGUGACGUUUGCGAGUGUUGCGUAAUAUGUGCUAAGGAUAUUGGAGAAAGGUGCGGAGGAAUUUGGAAUAUGUACGGCAAGUGUGGUCGGAAUUUGAAAUGCGUAAACCCUUCUAACCCUCUUACUACCUUCGAUUAUGCAAAUGAAUACGGAAUAUGUUUGCCAAUUAGAGAAUAGUUUGAAUAAAAUGAGAUGCCAGUGACUAAUUCAUUACUGCAUCAAUAAUUAA